AGAGUUCUUAGUAUAUUUCAAAAGCUAUUUUAGGUUGAAGCUAUGCUAGCCUAGAACUUGUAAUCCUACACUGAAAACAAUGCACAUCAACAUGUGUUACACUAUCUAUCGAGCGGAUCAACUUUGUUGUUUAAUUAAUAUGUACACCUACAACGAAUUUAUAUGUUGAAUGUUCGCGUUUACUGAUAUUUAAUGAAUUACCACCAUGCGACGUCAUUCCACGUCGUUAAAAUACGAGCCGCUAUAAUAACCGGAAACCACCCAUUGCGAGCCACUCUCCGUCACCAGGCGGCCGAAAAUAUCAAUGAAUGUUAGAAAAUAAACAGAACUCGCACGAUUAAGAUCAUUUACAAUCGCAGCUUGUACUACGAACAGUCGUUUCACAACGUUCAAACGCAAAAUGAAAUGGACAAAACAACUUAUAAGUACAGCCCUGUUUGUAUGUUGCGUGUUAGUUACGAAGGCUUCGUCAGCCAUGCAAAGCGAUGAUAGUUCAGCGUGGUUAAGGAGUAAUUUGGAGAGAAAUAUAGACAGCAAUGACAGUGGCAAAAGAACACCGAGGUUUGAAAUGAAGAAGGCCCAGCAGUUACAAUUCAAGGGAGAGUUUAAUUUCUUGACACGAAAUACAGAAUUUGAUGAUAAAGAAUUCACUAUCAGAUCAAAGGGGCGAAAAACGGAAGGGGAUAUGACCCAAGGCACAACAGUUGGUUUGAACAGAGAAGAAACGAGUCAUCGUCACCCUUUGAAUAAAAAAAAAUUAAUAAUGACGUUUCAUCACCGUAUUUCAAAACGAAAUGUAAACACAACUACCCCGACGCAACCAAGUGUGACCGUUACCCCCAACCCCCCAAUUUUCAUUCCACCUCCACCCCCCUUGAAUAAAGAGCCCGUGUGUGUCUCGCAGCGGUCAUGCUCUGGUCGAUGUAUGGUUAACGCAACUGGAUGGCGAAGCGACGAAGCGAUCGCCUGUUAUUGCGAUACGGCAUGUCACGAAGUAUUCAACGACUGUUGCACUGACUUCGUGAAAUAUUGCGGCGCACAAAAGCCGAAAGAAAUUUCCAUAAAAAAGUUCAACUGGUCAUGCGAGGCGCUGGCCAACUUCAGGUCUAAAAGUCACCCUUGCGUAAUCGCCGAUGGUCUAUGGAUGGUGGCGCGAUGCGCCGACGAUUGGCCUUACGAUGAAACCCGACGUCAUUGCGAGAACCCUACGACGUUGAUCCGACAGGCGUCCGACAUCAAUCGAUACCUUCCGGCAAUCAGCGAGAACGUGACAUUCCGUAAUAAGUUCUGCGCAAAAUGUAACCGCAUCGUUGGUAACUUGGAGUAUUAUCCCGUAGAAGUAAAAACUAACGUGAUUCCACCCGAGCAUUAUAACUUCACCCAAAAAGUUCAAUUCCUGUUGUCCAAUGGCGCGCAGUUUCCACAAGACGGACCAAGAAGUCCAAAAACCAGCCAACCAAGACGUUAUUGUGUAAAGAACAUUGUGGAUUCUUGUCCAGCUAACACGACUUCAAAGGCAUGCGAAACAGGUCCUGUAGCUUUGGUGUCGGGGUUUGGCGGAGAUACCUUUAAAAACAUAGAGUGUGCUGUAUGUAACAACCCCCACCAACCCAAUACACUAUACCUGUGUUUCCCCACGUUGUUCGUCUUUAAUUGUCGCUCCAAUUUUCUGCAAAAGUUCUCGUUGAAUUUAGAUUACAAAGAUAAUGCCAACGAUGAAGAGGAUUCCGUGUUUACAGUUUCGAGCAAUUCUUGCGGUAGAUAUGGAUUGCCGUUUGAUGACAAGUUACAAGAAUGUGAAAAGAGUUACCCACCCCCCUCGAGAGGCGGAGACAAGUAUCGUCUCCUAGCAUGGCUCGCUCCCUCAAAAGAUUUUCCUUUCACCAGGAACAAUUUCAGCACCAUUAUGAAACAGUACUUCGGCGUCGAAGACUCACAGAUACAUAACAUCAGCAUCGAUACAGUUCAUUUCUUUUUCCCGUUAGAUCCGACUCCACAUACUUCCACUCUGUUUCAUUUGGUCAGCGCGACGAUUCUCUUAACACCAGAACAAAGUUUCGAUAUGUUGUAUAAAACGCAUUCAAAUUCAUCCAGCUUACCUCUUAGACAUUUCAUCCACUUCCAAAAACCGCUCACCGCCACCUUGGGUAACAUAACGUACACCAUAAUUAAAACUACCUCGCGACCGCUGUCCUGUCCCACUCAAAAAGUUUACCAACGACAAGACUACGAGGUUUUGCCCCACGGACAAAUUCGUAUCAGACUGACCAAUAAGCGCUACAAGAAAUCGGAAUAUUACGGAGAUAAUACCGUUAAUAUUACAACGUGCGAAGUGUAUUCGCAAACUGACUGCGAAACGAGCCAAACUGGACUGGAUAAAAGUGUUUUUACGAUACACAAGAACUUGAGUCUGUACCUCAGAGAUACAGGGGUGAUGUAUGACCUUGGGGAGUACGAUGUGUUUACUGAUUCAGGCAUUGCAUUGUGUAAUUUGAAUAAGUUGGACAAUCCAGUCUGUGAGGGUGAGACGUCUUGCAAAGGACGUUGUAGCGAGGACACUGUUUGGAGAACUGGGAUUAAGAUGCAAUGCUCUUGCGAUCCAGAUUGUUACGAAGUAUUCAACGACUGCUGUGCGGACUACACCAAGUACUGCGGGGCUCAAAAACCAAAGGAGACGCUGACCAAGAAAUAUAACUAUACAUGUAAAGAUGUUGGAUUCUGGGAUCACGAGUACUGUACGAUCGGUGACGGACUCUGGAUGGUCGCGCAUUGUCGGCCCGAUUGGCCUCACGACGCUUUCCGAACGAAAUGCGAAGCACCAGUAGACCAGCUCACGAUAUCCACCCCAGAUCUACACGGAUACCUGCCGGUGGUCGGCCGCGAUAACACCACAUUCCGAAAUCUGUAUUGCGCAAUAUGUAACGGCGUUGAAGAAUUCGACCCAUGGCCGCUGGACGUUCACACCGCCGUCCUUCCGCCAGAGAGUUACAACCUCACGGAGAAAAUACGCUUUCUUUUGAGACACGAGGCUAAGUUUCCACAUGGAACGGGACCCUGGAGACCUGGGGCGAAUCAAGCCAGGAGAUACUGCGUAAAAAAGAUCGCCGAUUCUUGCCCCGUCGGUAAAAAAGCGCCCUUUUGUAGCGAUGGUGAUGUUUCUAUAGUCUCAGCUGGGUACGAGCAUUAUAAAAACACACAUUGCGCAAAAUGUGACGGCCUUCCCAGCGAUAUUCUCUCGUGUUUUCCCGAUCGCAUACUCCAAUCUUGCGAGAGAUUCAUUCCUCAGCCGUUCUCCCUCGUUAUGAACAACAAUCAAGCUGUAAAAGAGAUCAAGACAACGCUCUCCGUUUACGAUAAAAAGUGCGGAGAAAGCGGGCUGAUUUUCGACGAUGUUCUGCAAGUUUGUCGCGUAAAUUGGUUGGCACCACCAGAAAAGAACGCCCAGGAACGAUUCUACGUUUUCGCGUGGCUGGAACCGCCCCCAAACACCCAGAACACCUCUUUCACACCAACCCAAUUCCAAGAAUCGCUUGCAACGUAUUUGAAUAUCUCUCAACAGCAAUUGUUUGACAUCAAUAUUACGACAGUGUUAAUCCCGAAAACACGGGAUACUGUACUGUUCUAUCUGGUUUCCACGACCCUCGCUCUUACCCCGCGGGAAAGCGUGGAACUCCUUUCCACCAACCUGAACACUUUGCAGAAGUCGGCAAUCCGAAACUUUAUUCACUACACAGCGCCGUUUGUUCUGGAGAUAAAAGGUCUUCCUUACAUCGUAGCAAAAACUACGUCCCGUCCGCUCGCCUGCGCGGGAAAAACGACUUACACAUCGGAGGAAUACACUUUGCUAGAACAAGAGAGAGUUUUCAUUCCGAGCGCCAACGAAACCUACGAACCGUUUGAAUAUUAUAGAGAAAAUGCCGAGCAACUCGGGAUGAAACGAAGCAAUAUAACCGUAUGCGAGAAAUAUACCCCAGCUGUUUGUAACGGCUCAAUAGUUCAGUACAAGCCAGAGGAAUAUCAGAUCUUUGUGAAUUUGAGCGUGUAUGUUAACAAGACCCGGAGUUUGUACGAUUACGGACAAUACGAGAUCUUGAGGAAUAAAUCGGUUGCAAUAUGUCAGUUCACAACAGUGCGUAUCAUAACCGAGGCUCGUAGAACGAUUCGUGAUGAGGAAGCACUGGGUUACAUAACGUUCAUAUUUUUCAUCCUCUCCAUAGUGUUUCUUCUCUUCCUGUUGAUAACCUACACGAUAUUUUCCCAACUACGAACUCUUCCUGGGAAGAACCUGAUGAACCUGGCCGCGAGCUUGCUGUUAUUCGAAGUGUUUUGGCUGCCUCCGAGUUUCGACUCGGUUCGUGAAGACAGUUCGACCUGCAAGGCGAUUGCUAUCGUGGAACAUUAUUUCCUGAUGGCAUCUUUUGCCAGCAUGAGCGUUAUUGCGUUUCACACGUGUAAAGUCUUCGCAAGGAGUCUGCCCGCGCCGAAAAGAUCCGAAGGACACGACCGGAACCUGUUCUUCGUGUAUCUAGGCCUGGUCUGGGUUCUCCCGGGCGCUUUUAUUGCGAUUUGCGUCGCGAUAGAUGACAAAGAUGUUGUGAAACUCGGCUACGGUGAGUCUGAGAUCUGCUGGUUGACCGAGAGCAAUGCCUACACGUAUUUUGUAACCAUCCCGAUCGCUGUUUUGAUAUUUUUCAACAUCAUCGCGUUCGUCGUGACAGCCGUGUACCUUCGUGAACACGGUAAAAAUACCGCGGCAAGACAGGCCAGCGGCAACCGCCAAUCAAAUCUUUCCAUAUACGUCAAACUAUCGACGCUAAUGGGCUUCACGUGGCUUUUUGGUCUGCUCGCUCUGGUGACAUCGACGAUAGUAUUUUGGUACAUAUUCGUCAUUUUGACCUCGCUGCAAGGAGUUUUCGUCACAGUGGCCUUCGUUAUGAAUCGUAAGACGUUGAACUUAUACAGAAUCAGCUAUGGAAAACGCCGUGACACCGUUUCUUCCAACACGCAUAAUCGUACAAGAAAAACAUAUCUUCACAAUGACACGAAACUGUGAAGUGUAUCACGAGCUAACAGUUUCGCAAUAAAUACAAUAAUCUCGGUAUAUUUUGAAGACAAUUUCAUCGUGCAUUUGACAUUCUAGUUCCAUAUAAGCAGAUCUUGUUCUCUUUUCCAUAAAUUUAAUCUUGUAAAAAGCUUAUUUUACAUCAUGGACAUUAUGUAGUUUGUGAAUUGUGUUUUUCAUGCCCCGAAGUGCGAAAUCACGACCGAGAAAUAUUCCAAC